AAGAUGGGAACGGGACAUGGAGUUUUCAAAGCGUCUCUCCCUUUUCGUGGGGUUUACUAUCAAAUUAUAACAAAUAAAUAAAAUAUAUCAUUAACAGUGUUAACAGUGAACCCGUGCCGUCUAUCCAGCCACAUACGAUAGUGACGAUGAUUUCAGAUUUUUCCUCAGCCUAUCAAGGAAGCAGGAAGACAGCACCGUCUGUUUAACCGAAGGAACCAGGAAGUGGUCCUGCAAUUUAACCGUUGUUGUUAUGGUUGCUUGUGAUGAAACUACUGGCCACCACCCUUGGAAAAGCAACCGGGGUCCUAACUCUCGUAGUUGUUGUCAUUGCAGCGGUUUUGAAUUAUUUCGACGACCCCGAUCCGGUAAAGUAUAUCAGCAUGGCGGAGGACGUGAAGACUCUGGAGGAAAACUUCAGGCAGCAGAAUAAAAGCUGUUUUAUCCUUGGUGCUUCUGGUGAAACGGGCAAAGUGUUGCUUCAAGAUCUGCUGGAGCGCAACAUCUUCUCCAAAAUCACUCUCAUUGGAAGGAGACAGCUCACCUUUGAAGGCAAAGCAUAUGAAAAUCUGGUGCAAGAGGUGGUGGACUUUGAGAAGCUUGAUGAUUAUGCUGCUUCCUUCCAGGGCCACGAUGUUGGCUACUGCUGUCUGGGAACAACCAGAGCAAAAGCAGGGGCUGAAGGAUUCGUCCGCGUUGAUCAUGACUAUGUUCUAAAAUCAGCUGAGCUCGCCAAGGCAGGAGGCUGCACGCAGUUCCACCUGGAGUCCUCCAGAGGUGCUGAUAAAACUAGCAACUUUCUCUACCUCAAAGUCAAGGGACAAGUGGAAGCUGAUAUUGAGGCACUGGGUUUUGACAGAUACGCCAUUUACAGACCAGGGGUUUUGCUGGUGGACAGGCAGGAGAGUCGGCCUGCUGAGUGGAUGACCAGGAAAUUCUUUGCUGCCUUCUCCUCGGUGUGUCAGUCGUCCAUGUCCAUCCCGAUCGAAUUGGUGGCAAAGGCAAUGGUGACAAACACUCUACUUCAGCCGGAUCAGAAAACUGAGAUCCUGGAGAACAAAGCCAUCGCCGCUCUGGGAAAGAGUGCAGGGAAAUAAGAGAGAGCAGGGAAUGCACUGAGAGGCAGCAGAUAUACAGAGAAGACUACCUACUGCAAUCACUCAUCAUUUCAUCAGGGUUUUCACAGUAAUUUAAUUUAUCUAUUAAUUUUGCAACUGUCAGAAAACCAAAGGGUGCUUCUGUGGAAGUAGCUGACUGUUAUAUGUCUAUUAAAUUCUUUAUGGGGGAAACAUGUGAAGCUAUCAAAAUAUUUCAUUUUGAAAUUGUGUACGGGUUUCUUUUUUUCCUUUUCUUUUUUGUCUCUAAUAACAUUGUAUAUUUUCAUCAGGGAACUGUUGCCAGGCUUUUUGAUGUUCACCAUUUGUGCUCUGAGACAAGAGAUUGCACCACUGCCUUAACAUAAAUCCUCAUGUUUAUUCUACACUAGAUUAAAAUAUCAGGACAUGGUUUCCAUAAAAGCUACAUCAAUAUUUAAAGUCUGUAUCUAUGCUAUACUAUACCUGUAUGAUUAUAUAUUGCACGAAUAUGAAACAAUAUCUGUGCUUUGUUAUAUUAUAGGUAAUACAUUUGUUCAUUUUUGGUUAGACAGUAUCUUUAACAUGCAGAUGCCAUCCUUUGACAAUAUGAGUUUGAAUGAUACCAGCAACAACUUUGAAUAAACCUUGUUGAUACUGAA